UGACAAUUGUCAAAUUAGUAUAUUGUUAAUAUUGUUUUUGUUUAGCAAGUUUUUCAUUGUAAAACUACUCUACUUCUACUGCGAUUAAAGAGAUUCAUAUAGGAAUAAAUUUCAGGAUAAACGAUCAAAAGACCCAACAGUAUGGUGGAUGACUUGAGAAAAUAUUUAAAUCAUCUGAUUGAAAAGGUGAAUGGAUUGCACUGUAUCCUGAUAACUGACCGAGAAGGUGUGCCUGUUGUAAGAUCAGUUACAGAAAAAGCACCCCAAUUAGCCCUGAGACCAAAUUUUAUAUCAACUUUCGGAAUGGCUACUGACCAAGCAAGUAAACUAGGCUUAGGAAGAAAUAAAACUAUAAUAUCCAUGUAUUCUAGUUAUCAGGUGAUUCAAAUGAAUAAACUACCAUUAGUAAUCACAUUCAUUGGAAGUGACAAUUGUAAUACAGGACAUAUUUUGGCAUUGGAAAGCCAAAUAGAACCCUAUUUACAGGAUUUGGGGACUAUAGUGGCAGAAGCACAUAAAGAUAUGUAACAUUAAAAGUAAGAUAUUAAUAAUAAUACAUAAAUAUGAAUCUUUUUCAAUCUACUUAUGGGUUUAUUGUUAUUUAUAUAUUUAAAACAUAAACAUGUUUUAGCUAAAAGAAGUGUGCUAUUAUAAUAUUGGAAUAACUAAAAUUGUUAUUUU